CAAACAGAUAGUCCCCACAAUGAGGAAAUAAAGCAAAUUAAGCUAAACGGCCCCUCCUCCACUUCCAUUUCACAUGUUCAUGCGUAACUCUCCGAUGCUCUUUCUCUCGCUCUCUCCCUUACACACGCACGCCCACCUCUUCAUCCACCCUCCUCUUCUCCAGUGCGCUCACAACUCCUGUGGACACACGAGCUUGGAUUUACUGGAAGAAGUGGGUGAAGUUUCCCCCCUGUGCGUAAAAAGUGACCAUGGCGCCUUUUACGCACCGCAGGAAAUUCGGCGAGGACUACCAGGUGGUCAGCACCAACCGAGCCGGAGGCGGCGCAGGUGGCGGCGGCUUCUCAGUGCCGGCGGCCAAGAAGAAGCGGCAGCGCUUCGUGGAGAAGAACGGCCGCUGCAACGUGCAGCACGGCAACCUGGGCGGCGAAACCAGCCGGUACCUCUCGGACCUAUUCACCACCUUGGUGGACCUUAAGUGGCGCUGGAACCUGCUCAUUUUCAUCCUCACCUACACGGUUGCGUGGCUUGUGAUGGCGUCCAUGUGGUGGGUGAUCGCCUACAUCCGCGGUGACCUCCAGCAGCACGCCCGCGACGCGUCGUACACGCCGUGCGUUGCCAACGUGUACAACUUCCCGUCCGCUUUCCUCUUUUUCAUCGAGACGGAGGCUACCAUCGGCUACGGGUACCGCUACAUCACCGAGAAGUGUCCCGAGGGCAUCAUCCUCUUCCUCUUCCAGUCGCUUCUAGGCUCCAUUGUGGACGCCUUCCUUAUCGGUUGCAUGUUCAUCAAGAUGUCGCAGCCAAAGAAACGCGCCGAGACGCUCAUGUUCAGCCAGGACGCCGUCGUCUCGCAGCGGGACGGCCGGCUGUGCCUCAUGUUCCGCGUGGGCAACCUGCGCAACAGCCACAUGGUGUCCGCGCAGAUCCGAUGCAAGCUUAUCAAGUCCCGCCAGACCCCCGAGGGCGAGUUUCUGCCCCUGGACCAGUGUGAGCUGGACGUGGGCUUCGGUACAGGGGCCGACCAACUUUUUCUGGUCUCGCCACUCACCAUUUGCCACGAGAUCAACCCUAAGAGCCCCUUCUUCGACCUUUCCCAGCGCUCAUUAACCAAAGAGCAGUUUGAGAUCGUGGUGAUCUUGGAAGGAAUCGUUGAGACCACUGGCAUGACUUGUCAGGCACGCACUUCGUACACGGAAGACGAGGUCUUGUGGGGCCACCGAUUCUUGCCUGUGAUGUCCCUAGAGGAGGGUUUCUUCCGGGUGGACUACUCACAGUUCCACAGCACCUUUGAGGUCCCCACACCGGCAUACAGCGUCAAAGAACAUGAGGAGAAGAAUUCCCUCCCGUCACCCGCAUCUACGCCAACGCCAGCUCUCACCGAUAGCCAGGGGGCCAGGCGCGACAGGGUUUUCUCCGUGGAUUGCAUCAACGCGGCAGCGUCAACAGGGGGCAGCGGAGGGCGCCUGCCCAGCAAGCUGCAGCGAAUCAGCUCAUCGGGGAAGGAGGACCUCCAGAGGAAGGUGUUGAUGCUUAACUCGCAGCACACAGAGAAGGCGUGCAGCACCGGGGACCUGCCGCUCAAGCUCCAGCGCCUCGGAUCCUCGUCCGGACCCGACGACUCGCUCAAGGUGGGAUUUGAACCUAUGACCCAGUCCACCGGGGACCUGUACCAGCACAGCCUGAUGCCUACCUUGUGCCCGCCGCAACCCCCCACGCACAGUCCCCUUCUGUCAGCCGGCAGGAGGCCUGAAGACAACCUGCCGGCUAAACUCCGCAAGAUGAACCGCUGAAAACAUACUGAAGGUCGGCCUUAGGGGAGGUCGGCAUCAUUAAAAAUCCUUAACUGACUAUCCAUUUGUCACCUGGUACUUAGGGAUUUGCGUGGAAAAUGUGGAGCGACACAAAUGGAACCCUGUGCAUGUACACUUAUUAGAAAAUUAGUUUUAUCAACGAAUAAAUGAAAUUCAGUCAUUCUUCAUGUGUUUUUGUCAUUCAACCUAGUGUUUCCCAACAUUUAGAAAUAAAUCACAUAUAUUCAUGUGAAAAAAUUAGGACACCCCAUUAAAUAUUCAGUUCUUUAUUAAGAAAUGUUCACAUAUCAAUGUCUGAUCUUGUUUUUCUUUAUCUCUGGAAAAGAAAGUGAUUUAAUUGGAGGUAAACAAAAAAAAUUAACAUUGUUUUAGACAUUGAACCAAAUAUAUCAACAAAAAUGCAUAUUCUAACUGAGGAAACAGGACACCCUACCACCUAAUAGCUAGUGUUACCCUCUUUGGUUGAAAUAAGUUCAGUGAGACGCUUUUUGUAGCCAUCUACCAGUCUUUGACAUCGGUCUGAAGAAAGUUUGCCCCACUCCUCAAUGCAGAAUACUUUCCGCUGUGAGAUGUUUGAGGAGUUUCUUUGCAUGUACAACCCGUUUAAAGUCACCCCACAUAUCUCAAUCGGAUUAAGAUCUGGGCUUUGACUCGGCCAUUCCAGGACUCUCUAUUUCUUCCUUUUCAGCCAGCCUUUGGUGAAUUUACUGGUAUGUUUUGGGUCAUUGCCAUGUUACAGGGUCCAGUUUCGCUUCAGCUUUAAUUUUUUUCACAGAUGAUCUCGCAUGUUACUGAAGCACCCUCUGAUACACGAUAGAAUUCAUGGUGGAUUCUGGGAUGUGGAGCUGCCCAAGUCCUGCUGUAGCAAAGCAUCCCCAAACCAUGACACUUCCACCUCCAUGCUUCACAGUCGGUAUGAGGUUCUUUUCCCUGGAAUGCUGCAAUGGGUUCAUGCCAAACAUGUCCUCUGGUUUGAUUUCCAAAUUAUUCAAUUUUAGAUUCAUCCAUCCAAAGAACAUUAUUCCAGAAGUCCUGGUCUUUGUCAACAUUCACUCGGGCCUUCAUGUUCUUCUUGGGGAGCAAAGGUUUCCUCCUUGCACACCUGCAAUGAAGGUUAAACUUGGGAAGUCUCUUUCUGAUUCUAGAGGCAUGCACUUUCAACAUCAACGGUAGCAAGAUCCUGCUGUACGUCCCGGGAUUACAUUUUAUGGUUUUUGGAGACUUCUUUUAGCAUCUUGCGGUCUGCU